UUCGAGCUGGGUUCUAAGGGUUUCACGCGAGCCCAGUGUGCGUUUUUGUGGGUUUCGGGAACCAGUGUUUCGUUGAGGCGUGUAUCCUCUAUUGUUGUGGUGGAUCCUUUCUGUGAGACACACAUUCUAGUGGGGUUCUAAGCUCCAGUAGCCAGCGGCAUUCCAUUGUUGCCAGUUAGGAGGUGGGAUGAGUGUAUGUGUUUUCCCGCUGUGUGAAGGGUUGGGAAAACUCCGGUGAUUUGAACCCUGCGAAAAGGAAGUUUGUUGUAACUGUUUAAAGUGUGUAUAUGCUCGCUAAUUUCUCCCCAAACUAUUUACCCUGAGUGGAAACACGCGCGCCCGCCCGGUUUCUGCUGUUUAGCGCGCUGGUGUUUACUUUCACGAGAAGGCGCUCCGGUCCUGGAAGGUUUUCCACAUCUUCAAAAGGGAAGAAAGAACAAGUGCACUGCCACCGCCCAGAAAAUAAGAGAAAAAGGCAAAACGUGGUGUGUGGAAGGAAAAGUUAAACCCGGUGUGGUGUGUCCUUGUCCGAAGGAUUGGAUGAUUUUUCGUUUUUUCUUCUGUGCGGGCGAGGAGUUUUCCUGUGCUCCCAAGUUCAGUGAUUGGUGGGGUGGUCCUUCGAACCUGUUGGAACACAAGUGAAAUUGAAGAUUUCGAAACAGCCUCUUUAAGUUGCGUUAAGAGAUCGUGUUUACAAGUGUUAACACCAGUAGUGAGCCUACAGCUGCAGAUAUCAGAAUCCUGAAGAAACAAAUCCAGUCCAAGAGUAAUCCAGCUGUCUUGAAUUUGACAAGUGCUGUGAAGUUUAAUACACUCCAAAAGCUUUAAGUGAGUUCCCGAAAAAUUAAAGUGUUUUCAAAACCGCAAGAAGCAAUGGUCCGAUGACAAUGUCGUUGUCGUUGAUGAUGAUGAUAGAAGCAGAUCAUCGCCAGGCCCCAAUCGCGUCCCGCAGCAGCAUCCAUCGACGGCCGGCGCCUUUGCUGCUCCUCGUUCGUUGAGUACAUGUGUUUUUAAAUUCAAUUCGUGGUCCCGCGUCAAGAGUAUGACCCAAGUUGUGGUUUGACUCCUCCCUUUGCGUUUUGUCCCCUCUGAAACUAGCCUCCUAGAAGCGCCGAGUGGCGGAAAAUUGAAAAUACACACAAAUAAACGUGGAUAAUUAACAACCCGGGAGUCUGUGGAGAUAGACUGGGAAUACACGACGAGACCAAUCGCGCGGCGGAGGAGAUAUAGAUAGAACGUCGCAGAGAGAAGGAGAGAGAGCAAGCUUAAACAACACUGAGCUUCUAUUUAGCUAGAAUCGAAGAAGACUCUGAAACGCGGAACACGGCUUCCGCGGAUGUCGUCGUCGAAAUCGUGGUCCCGGCCAUCAUCAUCAUCAGAACACUUCAAGCCGUCGCCUAUGAGAGUCCGGAAAAAAGUGCUGACGACGAGUUCGAGUUCGACGAGUAAUUGCUGCCGCCGUUGUUGUUCUUUGAAACCGAUCCUCCGGCUUUGGCCGUAGCAGUUCUCAACAAAUCGACGUUCCGCCGGGACCUCCUCAAAGAGUAUAGUGAAGUAAAGUGAAGAACCACCCCGAAAAAGUGACCCGGUUUUUAUUGCUGCCGCAGGCAAGAGGGUUUCGGAAGAGUUAUUUGCCUUUUAGUUUUGGGUUUUUAUUUGCCUAUUCGAUUGCCGCAGCACAAAAAAGUAGCUCAAGUGUCUGUUCUGAGUAGGCUGAUUUACCGGAUCAGUUCGGGUCAGCAAGCAAGUGUGGCGUAAGACCCUGUUCUUGCGCGCGUCAGCUUCGUCGUUGUUUGGAUAGAGUGGGUUCUACCUGUUGUGUUUGUUGAUAUUAGAGCAUCGUCGUUAUUGUUGGUUCUUUUGUAGGAAGCUAGAGGGUACCGUAAAAAAAAGAAGUGAUUGAUAGUGUUGCGAAUUAAUAAUCGCCGAAGCGUACCCAAGCUAGCGAGUGAAAUCCACACGCCCAAGGUGUGCUCCCCGUUGUGAUCAAAGUCGUGUGUUAGCUAUCAAAGUUCCCCAAGGCAGUAAACAUGCAGCAUCAUCCCGGAUCAUGGUACAUCCCGUGGGGUGUUCCCGGCAUGGGGCUUCAGAAAAUGCUGGCAGUUCCGUUCAAUCCGGCCACAGCUGGCUAUCAUCAGCCCCAGAUUGCUGCGGCCGCUGUUCAGCCUCCUCCACAGGUCCAAACCUCACAGCAGCAGCAAGCUAGCCACCAGCAAGCUGCUUCCUAUCAGCACCAGCUGCAAGCCCAUCACCAUCAUCCGGCGGCUGCCCUGCACAAUCCGGCAGCAGCAGCCGCAGCUGCAGCCAUGCAGCAUCAACCCCUACAUCCGGCUGCAGCGGCAGCCAUGUUCACUCCCUUAACCCUUCGCAGCUUCGUUACCCAUCCACACCUAAGCCUCGGGCAACCUCCCAUUGCAACUGCCCAGCAACCCCAACAACAGCAACAUCCCCAAACCCAUCAAACCCAAUCCCAGCUGACGGCAGCGCUGCAUCAGCAGCUAAGUGGGAUGGUUCCGAUCCGCGGACAGCAGCAACAGCAGCAGCAAUCCCAGCAAGCCCAGCAGCAAAGUAGCUUGGCGGUGGUGACGCAGCAGCAACUGCAACAGCAUCAGCAGCAACAAGUGCAACAGCAACAGGUGCAGCAGCAGGUGCAGGUGUCCAAGGCUAUGCCUAACACCGUUUCCACCAGCACCCUCAUCAUGCCCAUGAGAAAGAUUAUAAUGUCCGAGAAAGACAAAAUCAAACUGGUCUCGACCGAGAAGCGGAAAGCUGACGAAAGUGAACCGGCCAAGGAUCUCAAAAAGGCUAAGCUGGAAACCAAAGCUCUGAAAGCCAAAAGGCCAGGUUUCACGGAUGAACGGUACCACGAAACGUCCUACUAUAUCGAGAAUGGCCUCCGGAAAGUGUACCCCUACUACUUCACGUUCACGACCUUCACCAAGGGCCGAUGGGUGGGCGAGAAGAUUCUGGACGUGUUUGCCCGGGAGUUCCGAGCCCAUCCGGCGGAAGAAUACGAACGGUGCAUCAAGGCCGGCACCCUGACGGUCAACUACGAAAAAGUGCCAACCGACUACCGACUCAAGCACAACGAUCUCCUGGCCAACAUCGUGCACAGGCACGAGACGCCCGUUCUAGACCAUCCCAUCAAUAUAAUCUAUGUUGACAAUGAUCUUGUCGUACUGGACAAACCCUGCUCGCUGCCGGUUCAUCCUUGCGGUCGCUACCGGCACAAUACGGUUGUGUUCAUCCUGGCCAAGGAGUACAACCUGAAGAACCUCAGGACGAUUCAUCGGCUGGACCGGCUGACCUCCGGCCUGUUGCUGUUCGGGCGGAGUCCCAAGAAGGCGCGCCAGAUGGAGCACCAGAUCCGGAACCGGCAGGUGCAGAAGGAGUACAUCUGCCGGGUCGAGGGCGAGUUCCCGGAAGGCAUCAUCGAAUGCAAGGAACCAAUCGAGGUGGUCAGCUACAAGAUCGGGGUGUGCAAGGUGUCCCCGAAGGGCAAGGAGUGCACCACCACCUUCCAGAAGCUGGGCUACAACGGUUCGAGCAGCGUGGUCCUGUGCAAGCCGCUAACCGGCCGGAUGCAUCAGAUCCGUGUUCAUCUGCAAUAUUUGGGCUUCCCAGUGGUGAAUGAUCCGCUGUACAACCACGAAGUGUUUGGGCCCAACAAGGGACGUGGAGGCGAUAUUGGCGGCAAAAGCGAUGAACAGUUGGUUAAGGAUCUGAUCAACAUUCACAAUGCGGAGAACUGGCUUGGCAUUGAUGGCGAUUCGGAGCUGUCGAUGUUCAAGUCGCUCAAGAACGAUCUGGAUGAUGGAAAAGGACCAAUCCUGAGUGACGACGAUUCGGAGAGUGUUUCCCGUGAGGCGUCGCCUUGCUCCGAAAGUCCUCGGCCGGUGUCGUUGGGUAGCGAAAGCCCAAGUGAAAAUCUGUGUGCCUCGAUUCUGACGCCCAAUCAGCUGAACGUUGGGACCAGUGCUGCCAGUGUUGGAACGAACUGCGGUAGCAGCAGCAGCAGCGUGGGCGUCGGAGUUGCCAGUGUUGGUGUCGGUGUGAACAGCAGCAACAGCUCCCAGGCGGCAAGUGCCGUGGCAGUCUAUAACGCUCGGUUGGCGCAGUCGCAAAAGGUCACUGUGGCCACUCAGACGGGACAUGAGUCACCCGAUUUGGCCUUCAAUCCCGACAAGAUGACCACCGAUAAGCACUGUUACGAGUGCAAGGUUCGCUACCGGGAUCCGAAGCCGCAGGAUCUGGUCAUGUACUUGCACGCCUGGAAGUACAAGGGACCCGGCUGGGAGUUCGAAACCGAACUGCCCGAGUGGGCACGCGUCGAUUGGCACGACAAUGACUUUGAAUGAAUGCUAGUUCGGGAUCUGCUCGCGUACAUGGAAAUCUACUAAUAGAGGAAAGCAUAACGAAGGAAAAAAAUGGCUAGAUUUCCGCCAAGUGUACGUAGCAAGCAAACUGAAAAAUAGUAAAUCCGGGAAGAGGAAAAAACCUACCUACAAGUUAUGUUGGGAAAACUUUUCCCAAACAAGAAAAAGCUCCUCUCCGGCACACCAAACAACUAAUUUCUUCAAAUUGACAGCUCCCGAUUUCCGAAUGGGGAGGAGCAUAGCUAAAAAAAUAUAUAAAAGUGUCGGAGCCUCACACAAGAGAAAGUUUCGAGCAAAGGCGUUUGCCUAAAAGGACAUGUAUAACAGCAAAAAGACAAAUAUCAGCGCCAAAGUUUUGUUUGCUUUCGGCAACACGUGAACGGAGACGACAAUGUAUACACAACUACACACAACACAGAUAGACACUACACAGAAGCAAACACAGAUACAAUAAUUAUUACAAAUAAACUAGAUAUCCUUUAGCUUCUUGGGCGAAACAGGUCCAAGAAGUGAAGCAGCAGAAGAAGCGAAAGCAACAAGUUUUGGCCAAACUAUAGGAGUAGCAAAGAAAAGGAAAAAUGACAAAAAAACAGUUUCCUAAAACAUAAGACAAAAACGAAGGAAGAAAGGAAGGAGGCAGAAAUUUGAGCGACACAGAGAAAUAUAAUAGUUGCUUCGUUAUAUUAAGAUUAUUUCGUAAGGAUCAGUUUUUUUUUCUAGUAGGUAACAAUAAACAGAACGAGCAAAUGGUUGGAGACGAAAACCAGAACGAUGUUCAGUCCAGCAGCCUGGAGUUAUGCAACAAGCGACAUGAAAGAUCAAAUCUGUGUACAUACAGUUCAUAGAAUAGAAUCGCGGAAGCGCUUCGUUUUUUAUAUGCAUACUUAUUUUUUUAUACACAUAAAAAUAGCUAAAGAGAGGACUAUACAGCACAUUACAUACAUAUAGCACUAGAAGCAGAAAAAGAGAGAAAUAAAAAAUGAAAAAAAAACGCAAGACACAGACAGAUAAAUUAUGGAGCCGGGGAGUUAUGCAAAUUUUUGCCAUGCAAAAAUUAUGAACGAAUUUGUUGUGAACGCAUGCAUCGCAAGCGAAUUCGUGCGGUGGACGGAGAAAAACUCUUGCACACAGACAGACACACAAAAUGAAUAAUUUGUCCGUCAUCAGACACUUCAUUAUGUCCCUGUUGCUUUUGGGUGGAAUAUGAAUUCGGAACUACCGUUUCCGGUCCAGAGAAAUAAGUUUAACUUCGAAUGGAGACAUAAUCGGUUAAGCAUGAGUACUUUUUUUUGUUUCCAGUAAAUUGAAUCUUUCAAUUAAGAUGUGUCCUAUUGUUAUAGUUCUUAUGAAACUUGAAAAGCAUAAUUAACAAUUAAGAAUUUUUAAUUAUUGAUAUCAAGUUUAUAACAGAUAAAUUUCAAACUGAACUAAUGUCGAGCCUUGAGGAAAUCGACAUAUUUGAAGUCUCAAAAAGUAGAAUUCAUUAUUUAAAGUUUGUUUUUAAGCAAUCGAGAAUAAUACACAGGAUCAUAAAUCACGAAAGAAGACAAACUUAAACAGCUUUUACGAUAAUGGAACAUAGAUAUGAUAAAACAGGACAAUAUCGCAAAAAUAAGGUACAUACAUCAGAUUAGUGGAAAGAUAAACUAAAUACAUUAUAUACUUUAAAAUUUUCUUUAAAAACAGUGCAUUCGUUGAUGAGAUUAUCUAUCCAAAAAAUAAACAAUUGAGUCCCAAAUGUUAACUUAAUAAGCAUUAAUUUUAUUUUAAAAAUAUAAUCAAAAUUCAAGCUUAAUUUAUUUUAAAUUAAAAAAAUGAACAGGUUAUUUCUCCAAAUUUAUGUUUGACUUAAUACAUGCUCCUAUUUCGAGAAACAGAAUUCAGAAAGGUUCAAAAAAUCACAUUUGUUUUCGUGCUGAAGUUUCCGUUGAAUUUGUUUUAAAUUUUUAUUUCAUUUUUAAAUCCGCCAGUUCAUUAUUUUUGCCAACCUGAUUACAAAAAAAAAUCCAAUCAAUAUUUUGUUGUUGAGAAAAAAAAAACGCAAAUUUGAUGAUAAAAAAUGCAUCAAAGUUAGCGCUAAACUUUUCUCCGGGGCAACAAACAAAAUCUAAUCAAUCGGCUUCUACAGCUCUAAAGAUGAACCAAGUAGGCCUUGGUAGCUGACGGCCAACUUUGUCCCAUCCAAUCAAAGGUGACAGAGAUGCUAUACAUUCUUGUACCCAUUUUUUUAUCUCACCCUUUCCAUUCUUCCACUGCUGACGAGGUUAUGCAAAAAUGGCACCAAUUGAUGCUAAACCGGAUACCUCCGGAGGCCUCCAUUUCCGGGAUGUUUUCUUUUUUUUUUGCUGUUUUGCUAAGCUUACGCUAAGUUUGACCAUCGAGGGUGAAACAGAGGUGAAUAUUUUGUUUUCGGCCUCGCUAAAUAUUACGGGGGAAAAAACCUCGUUGAAAAAAGACACAUUUUCAUUUGGCAAAAUGAAACAAAAAAUCACUGCUGGAAUGUUUAAGCGAAGAUAAGAACAUGCUAUUCUGGCGAAAGUUUUUCCAUUCUUCGGAGGAUUUCCCUUUUUCGGGUUGUUUUUUUUUUUUUUUUUGUUUCCUUCAAAUGUUGAUUCGUCCGUUUCGAGUUUUAGGGAAAGCUAAGUCCAAGAGUUUGAGCGAUUUUAUCGAUACGAGCUAGAUGUUUAGGGAACAACAGAGAUUAAGGAAGAAAAGUGGCCUGGGAAAUCUGACAAUUGACAGCUGUCGAUGGGGAUAAGGAUUUAAUCGUGAAAAUGGUGAGAAACGGAAAAAUAUCCCUCGAUAAAAGACAACUUUGCGCCCCGUCGAAAGAUUUAUCUAAAAAAGAGGUCAAUGCAGAAACUUUUCGUGUUGGUGUUGUCUUCACUUUUUUUUUCUUUUUUUAGACGGUUAACUUGAAGUUAUCAAAAGAGCAAAACUUUUGAUUUAUAAAAAAACAACACACCCCUAAUUUAAAUAUUAUCAAACGAUCAAUUCUGGUUUGAUACAGUAGCCCCCCGAAACAAAAAUUAGUUUAAAAUAGCAUUAAUAGACAAAUACGCGAAUACGUGUUCUGUGGCCGUGUGAAAUGUGAAAUGUGUUUCUAUCAAACGCUGGAAUCGUUUAAAUAUAAUUUAAAUUAACUUUUCAAAGAAAAACUCACAAAAGACACUAAUCUUAUUUAAAUUUGUUCACUAUACAUAACUAUUGUUUGAAAGUUGAUUGCCUACUUUUUAAAUCAUAUUCCUCCAGUCUCAGUUAUAGUGUUGAAACGUGUCGAAGCGUGAAGCAUGUUAGUUUUUGUUAGAUUUACGUAGUUAGUAAACAAACGUCUUAUAUAAUCAAGCAUUGAAGCUGAAAUUCGAAGCACUUAUUAUUGUAAACAACCUCUCACUUAUUUAAUCAGCUCUAGGUUUCGUUUUAUUAGUCGAAAAAAAUUUAUAUGCAAACAUAACUCAUUCAAUCGUGUGUUUGUUAAAAAAAAAACAAGUUAAAUGGCCAGUUUUAAGUUUUUGUUAAUUUCCGUUUUAAAUUUCUCUUACUUUUAAGUAGUUAGUCUUCAACAACUCAUAAAAGACCGUAGGUUUAUCGUUUUGUAUUUUAUUCCUAGAAACUUUUAAUAAAAAUGUUUACUCUGUCAUCAAGAAAAAAAUUAAAGUCCAAGUGUUCAUGUUGGAUUCCUUUCUGUUUCGCUACUUAAAUGUUUAAGUUUCUCCUUGUAUCAAAAUUGUUCUCUUAUAUUUUUAGUGAAUCAUUUUCUCUCCAACACUAUCAUCAUUAUGUUAUUGAGUAGUUUUUAGUAAGUUUUUAAACGAUUAUUGUAUUUGUUUGCUGUGUUAAGUACGUUACGCCUCCUCAAUUGACUAAAUGUAAACUUUGUUGAUCAAUAAAUAAAAGUUAUUAUGCUCGUA